CUCUAACCUCACUUUGUCGGUGUUUUGCUAAUUUCUGCGCUUUUAUUUUAUUGCAAAAAUGCGAAUUCCCACCUCAUUUCGCUCUUUUUCAUCUUCUUCUGUCUACCACAACAGCAAGGGAAUGUUUGUACCGAAGCACGAUCCAGUGGCUCAAAGUGACAUUACGAAAUUGGAGGAUUUCUUGCGAGAUAAGUCGAAAAUACUCGUUCUCACAGGAGCUGGAAUCUCCACGGAAUCUGGUAUACCGGACUAUCGGUCAGAAGGUGUGGGACUCUAUGCGAGGAGCAAUAGUCGUCCAAUUCAACACCCGGACUUUGUCAAGUAUGCUGACGUCCGGAAGAGAUACUGGGCGAGGAAUUACGUUGGCUGGCCAAGAUUUUCCAGCAUGGAACCCAAUCCUAUUCACUACACUCUCACGAGAUUCGAGCGUGAGGGUAGGAUUCUGGGCACUGUCACCCAAAAUGUCGACUGUUUGCACACAAAAGCGGGCAGCAAGAAGCUGAUUGAGAUCCACGGAAACGGAUACACAGUGAUUUGCCUGUCCUGUGACUAUUCAAUCCCGCGGCAUGACUUCCAGAACAUCCUCAGCAGCCUCAAUCCGUCACUGAGCGCCACAAUGACGGAGAUGCUUCGUCCGGACGGAGAUGUGGACAUUCCUCAGGCUGCUGUCGACGCCUUCGUUGUGCCUCCGUGUCCCAAUUGUGGCGGCAGUCUGAAGCCCAGAAUUGUAUUCUUCGGCGACAACGUGCCCAUGAGGACAAUAGAGGACAUCGUGCGCUGGAAUUGCGAGAGCGACGGCCUUUUGGUGCUGGGAUCGAGUCUCUUGGUCUUCUCCGGAUAUCGAUUAGUGGUCCAGACGAAGGAAUUGGGUCUUCCCGUGGUGAUAGUCAAUAUCGGCCCUACACGCGGUGACGAUCAUGCAGACCUAAAGAUCUCCGCCAAGUGCGGUGACAUCAUCCCUCGCCUCUUUGCCACGCGAUAGAGUU